AUGUCAACAAACGCAAUUGAACGAGAAACAAUCAAUCAAAACGAACCGCCUUCGACUUCGUACUCUCGCGCCAGCACCCAGGCCAACGACAAUGGCGACAACAACCCGCCAGAGAUGCAAACCGAAAUCGAGGCGCUUGCGCGGCAGCUCACCCACGCCUCUGCCGCCUUCGACACAGAGCUGCACGCUUUCAAUCCCCAGCCCGGCACGCAACUGGACCCCGGAUCGACAAACUUCGACUCCCGCGAGUGGGUGAGGGCGCUGAUCAAGCUAACUGAAUCGGAUCCUGGCGCUGCGCCUCCUCGAAGCCUGGGCGUUGCCUUCCAGAAGCUCGAUGUGUUUGGAUGGGGGAGCGGCGCUGAGCACCAGAAAAGCGUCCUCGACUACCCUUUGGACAUUGUGUCCUCCUUCGUUGAUUUGUUCGGCGGCAACCGAAACAAGAGGCGAAUUGACAUUCUCCGCAACUUUGAGGGCGUCGUUGAUAAGGGCGAGCUAUUGCUUGUCCUUGGGCCGCCAGGUUCCGGCUGCUCAACCCUCCUCAAGACAAUCGCAGGCGAGACAUCCGGUCUUGAAGUCAGCUCCGACUCGUACAUGAACUUCCGAGGUAUCGACGCCAGCCAUAUACGAAAGACCUUCCGCGGCGACGUCCUCUACAACGCCGAAGUCGACAGCCAUCUCGCCCAUCUGACCGUUGGCGAGACCCUAUCCUUCGCAGCCAGCGCCCAUUCCGUUCGCCAUGUUCCCGGCGGCGUCAGCCGAGAGGAAGCCGACACGAUGAUGCGAAAUGUCAUGAUGGCCAUCUUCGGCAUCAGUCACACCGUGGACACGCGAGUUGGCGAUGACUUUGUGAGAGGCGUGUCCGGCGGAGAACGCAAGCGCGUCUCCAUCGCCGAAGCCGCCCUGACUGGAGCGAAGUUGCAGUGCUGGGACAACACAACUCGCGGUCUGGACAGUGGCAACGCCAUCAACUUCUGCAAGAACUUGCGGCUGCAGGCCGAUCUUCUCGGGGUUGCAGGCGCGGUGGCAAUCUAUCAGGCACCGCAGUCUGCUUACGACCUCUUUGAUCGCGUUACUGUCCUGUACGAAGGCAGGCAGAUCUUUUUCGGCAAGGCCACCGAGGCCAGACGAUACUUUGAGGAGCUGGGCUUCCAUUGCCCCGACAGACAGACAACGCCCGACUUCUUAACCUCCAUGACCAGUCCCCAAGAACGUCAAGUCCGCGCCGGCUUCGAGGCCACCGCACCCCGAACCCCCGACGAGUUUGCGAAUCGAUGGCAGACAAGCGAGCAGCGAAAGAUUCUCCUGCGCGAACUGGGCGACUACGAGAAGAAUCACCCCCCGCAAGAGCGACUGGCGGAGUACAAGGAAUCCCGCCGUGCCGAGCAGUUCAAGCGCCAGCGAGAGCAGUCCCCCUACACCAUCUCGUACUCCCGGCAGGUGUCGCUUACCAUCUGGCGCAGCUGGAGGAGACUGUUGGCUGACCCCGGAUUCACCAUUGCGUCUCUUAUGUUCAAUGUCGUCAUGGCUGUCGUGUUGGGUAGCUUGUUCUUCAAUCUCACACCGGACUCUUCGAGCUUUUACUACCGCGGUGGCAUGAUCUUCUUCUCUUUGCUGUUCAACGCAUUCGCUAGUCAGCUUGAGGUCUUGACCGUAUACAUCGAACGGCCCGUCGUUCAGAAGCAUAACCGGUAUGCCUUCUACCACCAAUCUGCACAGGCUAUUGCAAGCUACAUCAUCGAUCUGCCGUACAAAACCGUCAACAUGUUCGUUUUCAACCUUAUGAUAUACUUCAUGUCCAAUCUACGACGAGAACCUGGUGCCUUCUUCUUCUUCUGUUUGACGACGUAUCUCACGACACUCGUCAUGUCAUUGCUCUACCGCACACUGGCCUGUCUCACCCGGACAUCCCACCAAGCCAUGGUGCCAGCAGCAAUUCUCAGUCUCGGGCUCAUGAUCUACACCGGCUUCACGAUCCCGACCAACUACAUGCUCGGUUGGUCUCGCUGGAUGAACUACCUCAACCCUCUUGCUUAUGCCUUCGAGUCGCUGAUGGCAAACGAGUUUCACGCAAGGGAAUUCCCUUGUGCGCAGAUGAUCCCCAAAGGCCCCGGCUACGAUUCUCUGCCCUCCGCAUCUCAGAUCUGUUCAGUCAUUGGAGCCGAGGUUGGAUCAUCGAUGGUAAAUGGAGACAGGUACAUUAACAUGUCCUUUAACUAUUACAACUCCCACAAGUGGAGAAACAUUGGCAUCCUCUGUUUGUUUUUGGUAGCCUUCUUCUUCGCCUACAUUGUGUCAGCCGAGUUCGCAAAGCCCCCGAAGAGCAAGGGCGAAGUCCUAGUAUUCCGCAAGGGCAAGAUGCCAUUAAACUCAGAGAGUAGUGGCAAUAUCGAUGUCGAAGCUCCGGGAACCCGACCUGUUGUUGCGGAAAAGACCGGAGGCACUAAGGGACAGAGUGGCCUAACCGCAGGAGCCUCUGUUUUCCACUGGGAAGAUCUCUGCUAUGAUAUUCAAAUCAAGGGCAAGGACCGUCGCAUCUUGGAUCAAGUUGAUGGUUGGGUCAAGCCCGGUGUUUCCACAGCCCUCAUGGGAGUCUCUGGCGCUGGUAAAACCACCCUACUGGAUGUCCUUGCAACUCGAGUCACCAUGGGAGUCGUCAGCGGAGAUACCCACAUUGAUGGAAAGCCAACGGAUGCAUCAUUCCAACACAGAGUCGGCUAUGUGCAGCAGCAAGAUCUUCACCUGAAUACCAUGACAGUCCGAGAGGCACUCGAGUUUAGUGCCAUUCUUCGCCAAUCCGCAGAGAUCCCCCGAGAAGAGAAGCUUCAGUAUGUCGAGCAUGUAAUUGAUAUGCUUGACAUGCAAGAGUUCUCGGACGCUGUUAUUGGAGUUCCCGGUGAGGGCCUGAAUGUUGAGCAGCGAAAGCGACUCACCAUCGGUGUUGAAUUGGCUGCUCGUCCUCAACUUCUGGUCUUUCUUGACGAGCCUACGUCUGGUCUGGAUUCGCAAACUUCAUGGGCCAUUUGUGAUCUGAUUGAAAAGUUGACUGCAAGCGGCCAAGCUGUCCUCUGCACCAUUCAUCAGCCGUCAGCCAUUCUGUUCCAGCGAUUCGACAGGCUCCUUCUCCUGGCACCCGGUGGCAAGACCGUCUACUUUGGAGACUUGGGUCAAGGGUCAAGCACCCUCCUCGAAUACUUUGAGCGAAACGGUGCUCCCCCCUGUCCUCCAGACGCUAAUCCUGCGGAAUACAUGCUCGAGAUGAUCCAGCCGCCGGCAGAUGGCUCUGAAACCACCAACUGGCACGAAGUUUGGCGCAACUCCCCCGAAUACCAAGGUGUCAAGAAGGAACUCUCUCGUCUGAACGCUCUUCCAGUCACGCAGUCCGCGGAUAUCGAUCCCAUGGGAGGCGAAAGUUCUCAGCACCAGGAAUUCGUUACAUCGUUCUCGACUCAGUUCUGGCAGGUUCUCAUCCGAACCUGGAAGCACUUCUGGAGGUCCCCAGCCUAUAUCUGGUCCAAGGCCAUUCUCAUUGUCAUUUCUUCUUUGUACCUCGGCUUCAGCUUCAGCGCCAACAACAGCAUCCAAGGAUUGCAAAACCAGCUUUACGCCAUCUUCAUGUAUCUCGUUCUUUUCGGUAACAUCAAUGAGCAAAUCAUGCCCAUGUUUGUUCCCCAACGGGCGCUUUACGAAGUCCGCGAAAGGCCGUCCAAGAUUUAUCGAUGGAAUACCUUCAUUUUGGCCAACAUUCUCGUCGAAAUGGCAUGGAAUACUCUCAUGGCUGCUAUUAUGUACUUUUGUUGGUACUACCCUGUCGGCUUUGUGCAAAACACGACAUCGGACGAUCAGCAAAUCCGCGGAUUCUUGAUCUUCCUUUUCUUGUUGAUGUUCAUGCUCUUCACCAGCACCUUUUCCCACUUUUCCAUCACUUGGAUCGAGACGGCUGAGGAGGCUGGAGUGUUGGCCACAUUGCUGUGGAUGCUUUGCAUCGCCUUCUGCGGCGUCGGUGUUCCUCCUAGCGACAUUCCAGGAUUCUGGCAUUUCAUGUACCGCACCUCACCCGGAACCUAUCUCAUCGGCGGCAUCAUGUCUACGGCAGUUUACGGCUCAGAGGUUAAAUGUGCCGAUAACGAGAUUCUCAGCAUGGCUCCCCCAGCGAACAUGACCUGCAGUGAAUUUCUGGGUCCAUUUGUCGAGUACGCUGGUGGACGUCUCCUGAAUCCUUCGUCCACUGAGGCAUGUAACUACUGUGCCCUAAACUCGACUGAGGAGUUCUUGUCCCGCUUCGAUAUCUCUUAUGAUGAUAGAUGGAGAGAUUUCGGUCUGCUGUGGGUGUACGUGCUCGCCAACAUCGCCGGCGCUCUUGCUCUGUACUGGGUUUUCAGAGUUCCCAAGGGAAAGGGCGUUAAGCGAAACUAA